AUAAGUUUCGUGCGCAAUUUGUUUGGUUUAAAACUCUACACAGCCAUUUUAACUUCUUUCUAGAGCUGCACAGGUUGUGGAUAGAUAUGGAGAGCUCAGUGCAGUCUCUGGCAGCGUGGGGCAGAAGGGCACCAUCUCACUCUAUCACAGAGAUAAUGAUCACAGAUGAUCAACAGACCAUUGUAACUGGAAGCCAGGAGGGACAGCUUUGUCUGUGGAGUCUUUCCAGCGAUUUAAAGAUCUCACCAAGAGCCCUUCUCUUUGGUCACACUGCCUCUAUUACUUGUGUGGCAAAAGCAAGAGACUUUGAGAAGAAGCCAUAUGUGGUCAGUGCUGCCAGCAAUGGGGAAAUGAGCCUUUGGAAUGUCAGCAGUGGGCAGUGUGUGGAGAACACAAAGAUGACCUUUACUCACACCUCUAUCUGUUAUUACUACUCUUCAUUCCGCAUGGAGGAAGAUGGAUGGCUCCUGUGCAGUGGAGAGUACCAGGAUGUUUUGGUCAUUGAUGCUCGGGUGCUGGAAGUUCUUCAUACAUUUAUCUCUUCUGAGUCUCCUGACUGGAUCAGCUCAAUGUGUAUUGUCCACUCACCUCGGAUCCAAGAGGACUCCUUAGUGGUUGUAUCAGUUACUGGAGUUUUGAAAGUCUGGAACUUAUCCUCAUCAGUAAAGAGUGUGCAGGAAAAGCAGCUUAUCUUUGAAACAGAAUCCAAGAGUCUCCAGUGCUUGAUGUGUCAAACCAUUCGCUUUUGCAAGUACACAGAACGAUUGCUGUUGGUAGUAUGUUCAGACUCUUGGAAGGUGUACGACUAUUGUGAUUUCUCCUUGAUGUGCAUGGUAUUGAGUAAAACUGGACAGGGCUUUACUGGGGGGGACCUUCUGCCUGCUAACAGACUCCUAGUCUGGACAGAGGACGGACACAGCUACAUCUACCAGCUGUCUGACAGGGGUCUUUUAAAACAUGUUAUCUGUCCCCCCUGUGAAAGUUCAGCCAGCGAGACGCUUUCACCACGUAUGCUGUGCUGCAUGUCAGAUCGUAAGAUUUCUCAUCCUAUACUGGGCUUUAUAAGCGAAAGAAAGGAACCUUUCUAUAAGAUUCUAUUCUGUGGUGAUGAAUCUGGAAGAAUAACCUUAUGGCACAUCCCUGAUGUUCCUAUUGUAAAUUCUGAUGGAUCCCCAAAAGAAAUUCAAGUAGCUGUAACUUGCAGUCUGGCUGAGUCUUUUAAAGAACACGUGUCUGAAGAGAUCGUCGGCCCUCUCAGCUGUCCUGGGGAUGAGUUCCUAGCGGUCACUGUCAGUGUUUAUAUCCCCAACAACGAUCAACUGGUGUGUGGAUGCGAAGAUGGGAAAAUAAUAGUAAUGGCAGCUUUACAUGCAGCCAGAGCAAAGCUGCUUGAGGACCGCUCUCAAGUAAGAGACUGGCUCUCUCACAAGACUGUCCAAGGCCACAGUGGAAGAGUUACUUGUCUGCUGUACCCGUACAAUAAAUCUGUGAGCUUCAAUCCAAGCUGGCUGGUCUCAGGAGGUCAAGACUCGUGUGUAGUCUGGUGGGAUGUGUUUACAGGAGAAAUUUUGCACAAAUUUACACUGCAAGCUGGUCCGGUGGUCAACCUUUCAGUACCUCCGGAAGAAUGUAGACCCAAAGUACACCAGAGCGUUUGCUGUUUAGCAAGUGACCAGUCAAUAGCACUCCUAAACCUCCAGGAGCAAGCCUGCAUCAUCCAUGCCAGGAAACAUCUGUUCUCUGUGAAGAUCAUUAAAUGGCGCCCUAUUGAAGACUUCCUCGUGGUUGGUUGUGAAGAUGGGUCUGUGUAUGUCUGGGAGAUCGAGUCAGGUGCUCUUGAUCGACAUGAAACAGGAGACGCGGCUAAAGCAAUCCUCAGCUCCUGUGAUGAUUCCCAGGCUGUGCUAAUUGAUACAUGGGUUCCCAUACCUGCAGGAGCAAGGCCUAACCAUCUGCAUCAGAGAAAUCAUCUGCAUUGCAAAGCAACCAGCUCUUUUAAACAUAACACACCAGCAGCUACCAAUGUACAGGCUGACAGAACUCAGGAAAAGGUUCCGAUUCCAGAGCUCAUUUUGAGCCCUUUCACAGUGUUGCAAUUGAAAGCCACCUCAGUAGACAAUGGUUUUCAUGUCCUAACAUUCGACGUGGAGGGACUUUUAGAACAGCUACACCCAAGCCCAGAGGAACGGUCAGAUCUGCUGAGCUCCUAUGACAGCUUUGCAGCCCUAAGAAGAGUGACAAGCUUUGAUAGAAAGCAAUCUAGACUGAAAAGGAACAAAACGUUGGUUUCCCUUCAUCAAGUAAAUGAGUUUGCACGAGAACGCCUAUCGCAAAAUGAGAAUAACUCUAGAAGGAGCCAAAAACAGGAUCUGGGAAAAUUGGAUAUCAAUAGAACACAAGAUACAGCAAUACUUCUAUUGUCCUGCCUCUUCCCAUGGGGUACAGAUGAAGAACUUGAUGACCUCUGUACGAAUAAUCUUGGUAUCUUCACACCUCAAGCUCCAGUGUCUUUUGGUCUACAAUCAAAGAAUGGUCAUAUGUCACUAAUCCUGCCAGGGUGGCAUCCUCAGAAAAUGAGUGGCACAAGUGAGAAUGGGCCUUAUAAUUUAAUUUCAAACAAAGUAAUGCAGCUGGCGAAACAGUACACAAACAGCAGUGCUGCAGAAAGUUCAUUUCUAGAAAAGGCUGAGGAUAAGGAGGGGGACUUUGGAUUGAAAAUUACUUCCUAUCUGUUGUCCAUUGUUUUAGUAGUCAGCAGUCUUAUGAGAUUGCCUUUGCAGACAGAUGAGUCUAUCGAACAUGACAGACGCGAAAAGAAUGGGUCUCACCUUUAUAAAAGGAGAGCCAAGGAUGCUGCCCGGUAUCCUCUCAGAGAAACAGAAUCUCUGGAAAAACUGAUCACCUGCUGGCAACAACAGUCAGUUGAGGUUCUUGAGGCAGUACAAGCUGUGCUGUUGGUAGAGGUUCAGAGGAUUAUAAAGACCUUGAGAAAGACAUCAAUCAGCAGUCAAGCAGUGAUCAUGGCAGAGAAUAGAAAUGGUGAGACUCAGACAUUGCCAAAGAUUGGGAGCACAGAACAGCUGGAGUUACAACAAAUUCAAAGUACUGCCCCACUGAGUACCACUGAAGAAAGCAGCAUCUUCCAGCUAUCAGAGAAAGCUCCUCACAGCAAGGCACCUGCUAAAACUGUGGAUGUUCCAAAAUGUGUGGAGCACACCGGAAAUCCCCCAGACCCUCAUCAGAACAGCACAGCUACCUGUAUCCAGCAGCAGUGUUUGAAGCAAAGAGCACAGAAGUCUAACAUAACAGGAGGCCUGAAGGAAGUUCAGUUUGACUGCUGUAAGCUGUGCUGAUGGAACCUAUAAGAUUCCUUGAAGGUCGUCACUCAUUAUUGCAGGCUGGAUGCAUAUAUACAAUCAUGUGGGUAGAUUCAUUACUGGAACCAUUUUUGUAAAUAUUUUACAGUAAGUGUAUGUUUUUAGUAUGUUUGAAUGGUAAUUAGUAAAUGCUGUCAUUGAAUUCUUAUGCAUAUACUGUAUAACAGGCAGUGUAUUGUGGAAACAGCUGAGCCACUGUUGCAUGGGGAUCAAACCAUUGGUACAGUGGUUAAGGUGCUAAACCAUGAGGCUGUUCUCCAGUCGUUAGUACAAGUAUGGAAAAAAGUUUUGCAUCACCCUGUAGAAUGAACAGAUUUUUCUUCAUAAAGUCGAU